AUGGUGUCCAUCAUUGCGUGGUGCAUCAUCGAGCUGGUUGUUCAAAUGGGGUCCCGCGCCGACGAGAACCCGUGCUUGAUUAUCGCGGACGGUUGUUUGGGUGUGGCCAACAUUUUGGUGUUGAUUGUCGGCGGCAUUCCCGUCGCGAUGCCGACGGUGCUGAGCGUGACGUUGGCGAUCGGGUCGUCGGCGCUGGCCAAGGAGAAUGCGAUUGUGACGCGGCUGACGUCGAUCGAAGAGAUGGCGUCGAUGGAAGUGCUGUGCUCGGACAAGACGGGGACGCUCACGUUGAACAAACUGAGCGUCGACUUGGACAACUUGAUCCCGUACAACGGGUUCGACAAGGCGCAGAUCAUCCGCGACGCUGCGUUGGCCGCCCGCGUCGAGAACCACGAAGCCAUCGACGUCGUGUGCUUUGAGACGUACCCGGAAAAGGACACAAUGUGGGACACGUACACGCUGCUGCACUACACGCCGUUCGACCCGACGACCAAGCGCACGAUUGCCAAGAUUCGUGAAAACGCCACCGGUCGCAUCUUUCGCACGUGCAAGGGGGCGCCACAAGUGUGCUUGGAUAUGGACGUGAAUGCCGACGAUCUCCGUGACGAGGUCGAAGGUCGCAUCAACGAGUACGCGGGCCGCGGGUACCGUGGGUUGGGUGUGUCGAUCUCGGAAGGCGACGUCCCGCUGGACAAGGCCGAGUGGAAGUUGGUCGGGUUGAUGCCGCUGUUUGACCCGCCUCGCCACGACACGGCCGAGACGAUCCGUCGCGCGAUUGACUUGGGUGUCGCCGUCAAGAUGGUGACGGGGGAUCACCGCGUCAUUGCGGUCGAGACGUGCCGUCAAUUGGGCAUGCCGACCAACAUCUUGGACACGCGCUUCUUCAACCAGGCGCCGCCCCCCGGCAUGAACUUGGCCCAGCUUGUGUACGAAACGGACGGGUUUGCCCAAGUGUUUCCCGAGCACAAGUUUGAGAUUGUCCGCCACUUGCAAAGCCUCGGCAAGGUCGUCGGCAUGACUGGCGACGGGGUGAACGACGCGCCGGCGCUCGCCCAAGCCGACAUUGGGAUUGCCGUCGACGACUCGACGGACGCAGCCCGUGCCGCCGCCGACAUUGUGCUCGUGUCGCCUGGGUUGAGCGUCAUCAUCACGGCCAUCCGCAUGAGUCGCGAAAUCUUCUUGCGCAUGAAAAACUACGCCAUGUACUCGAUUGCCAUGACCGUGCGCAUCGUGUGCACGUUUGGUUUGUUGACUGUGUGCUACAACUGGUACUUUCCCACGAUCUUGGUCGUGGUGUUGGCCAUCCUGAACGACGGGACGAUCUUGACUAUCUCCAAGGACAACGUGACCGCGAGCCGCACGCCCGACUCGUGGAAGUUGAAGAGCGUGUUCAUUUCGUCCAUUUCGUUUGGGUUGUGGCUCACGUUGAGCACGAUCAUCUUGUUUGCACUGACGUACCAAACCAACGCGUUUGACGGGUUUAUCGGCGCGGAAAACCUGUGCGUGAACUGCAUCAAGGACCACUGCCAAGACUUCUUCACAGCCCGCGUUCAAGAGUGCUCGCUUACGCUCAACUCGACUGCGUGCGGCGAAUUGGACGGGUCCAUCAUGAAGUCGUCCAACGUGGUUGCGAUAGGCACGUCGCGGAAGACUGACAUUGACUUGUAUUGGGCGGAAUAUGCGUCCAAGUACCGCACGUCGCGUGCGGAUCUCUUUGAAAACUUGCAAGGCAACCACAUCAACAACCUGCAGUCGACGCCGGAAGCCGACGCCAUCUACCAGCAGUUUGUGUAUCAAUACACAGUGGGCCAAGACGGUCAAGCGUUUGGAUCGGACAAGGCGUACUCGGUGUCGCUGGCGGCCGGUCAAGGCAAGGGCGUGGCGUUCGUCGGGCGCGACUACGUUCCAUUGACAAACGGCGUCGGGUUUUGCAGCUUUGUGUGGGAUUACUCCAACUUUAACUCGACGUGGACGCGUGGCAAGAAGCUGAUCGGCCCUGGCAUGCAAAAGAAGGACGGUGUGCUGCGCGGGCUCAUCUACACGCAGGUGUCGAUCUCGGGCCAAGCGCUCAUCUUUGUCACGCGGACUGCCGGCAUCAACACGUGGUUCUUUGCCGAGAAGCCGUGCAACUUGCUCCUGUUUGCGUUUGUGAUUGCCCAAGUCGCGGCGUCCGUGAUCGGGUUCUAUGGCUUUGCCGGGUACCCUGCCGACCGCGUUGCUGUGUUUGGGUGUGGCGGCCCGUACUUGGCCAUCUCGUGGAUCUGGUCCGUCAUUUGGCACUUUCCCCUCGACUUGAUCAAGUUUGCCGUCAACUACAUCUUGACCAAGGACUCGUACACCCAAACAGCGUUCACGUCCCGCAUCAACGCGGGCCAUCCGACCAUGACCCACAGCAAGGUCACGAGCGUCGCCCGCUCGAUCCGCGCCAGCCGCACGGUUGCAUGA